ACUUACGUGGCGACCUUUCAACUCUCGUAUUAUUCGUUCGCCUUUGGGGACGUGGUAGUGUUUUCGUCCAGUCCACGCAGUUUUCAAGUGUGCACUCUAGGCUCCUGUAGCCAGAGGUUGGAUACUUAAUAUGUGCGAUGGCCUACAAGUAUCGGGAGGAGAUUGUGGGCAAAAGAUUUUUGUGUGUUAACAGUGCGGGCAAAGGCAGACUUUCCAAGACAUCAGAUUUGGAUUGGAGGGCUGGAAUAAUCCGUGCAGCGUCACAUAAGGAUCCUAAACACCCCGAGCUUUCCGUUCUGGUGGAGUUUGACAACGCCGACUGGAAGCGACGCGAGUGGAUUCGCGUGUACGAGGACCCCUUCGCGGCGUUUCUCGUCGAGGAGACUCUGACGUGGCAUGUGCGCAACUCCGACGAACCGCCCAGUCCGGCGCUGAAUUUCAUCAGCUUCAUUGAUAGAGUUGGAGUGUGGGAUCAGCUGCUGAAGCCUGUUGAGUACCUUGCCGAUCGCUUCCUGAGGUUCGUGGACUACUCGGAGCUGCGAUUUUAUCAGGAGCGUGACGUGGACGUCGAGAAGUGCUGUGUGGAACAGUGCGAGAUCCGGCGGCUGGUGAAACACUGGGUGGAGUUUCAGGACAGCCAACGCAUCCUCGUCACUACUCCCUCGGUUCUCGUCGGCUACCGUGUCAAGGUCUACCGUGCCGAAGGCACUACGCAGUGGUACACUGCCGUCAUUGUCUCCUACAACGACAACACUCGGGAACUCACCGUUACCGAUGACACGGUCCUGGAGGAGCACAAUGAAGACCCCUGUCUGGUUCAAAUGCGCCUCAUUGGCGACGGCGUAGUCGAGUCCAUUCUGAAGGGAGAGAGCAUCGGGAUUACGCCUCGCCGCCGAACGUGCACGCUCAACAGCCCGCACAAAGUCGGCCAUUCUGCGACCAGGGGUCGUUACGUCAGCCCGGCGUCGUCCAGUCAGAGCGCGUGGCCAGCCACGUCGGCGAGCAGCCCACGUCGUGGGCGCAACAAACCCGACCCAACUUCGGAUCCGCAGGAGGACCUCAAAGUUGACAGACGUCGCAAAGUUGGCACGAAAAAGUGCACUCGUGAGGAAGAGCUUCGCAAGAAGAGCCCCAGCCCAACACCAAAUCUCACAACAGCAGCUAGCUACAGCACCCAUGCAGGCGUAGACUGUGAGCUACCAUCUUCCAUCAAAGAGAAAAGCCUUCCACCUGACCCCCCGCCUCUAUUGGGCAUAGUUUCUACCACAUCCACUGAGCCACCACCUGGGACAAGCGAGAGUCGUCGUUUGGACAAUACUCAACUGCAGCAGUGCACUGCUGAUAAUGUGCCGUGUGUAAAGGCACCUGAGGCAGCUCCUGCCGAGCGCCCUCAUGAAGAGGGUGUUCCUGGCACGAGCUCGCCGCCGGCCACGAUGCGCAGCAGUGCAGGACCCAUAAAAAGCGAGCCCAACGCGCGGCCCUCCGACGGUCGUGCCUACCGUGACUCGCCCGGCCUUGCCGCGCAUCUGGAGUCCUUGCAGCAGCAGCAGCAGCACACCCGGCUCAUGCAGCAGCAGCAACAGCAACAACAGCAGCAGCCCCUACCGCCACAGCAGCAGCAGCAACCACCGGCGGGCCUGUACCCACCACCGCGUCCUGCAGUACAGCAGCCUGCUGGUGCUCGACCGCUUGUCUAUGGGCUGCAGUCUCCCUCAGGCGUCCUGGGGCAUGUAGAUCCACUGAGCAGCCCACUAGCCUACCAGCAGUUGCUGAUGGCCAAUGCUCCAAGUCCGUAUGUUGACAUGCUUUGGGGCCAGAAGAUGCCUGGUCUGCCACCACCCACCCAAAGCCCCUGGGCUAUGUCACAGCUGCAGGAGGCACGUGCUACGCAAGAGAGACAGAGCAUGCUUGAAAGGGACCGCAGAGAAGAAGAGGAAAAACGGGAACGCGAGAAGUCUGAAAUGCUCGAGCGAGAGAAAGCAGAGAAAGAAAGGCAGGAGCGGCAUAAAAAGGAGGAGCAGGAGCGUGUGCAGCGUGAAGCUGUGCAGCAGCACUUUGAGGAGUCUCUGCGUUUGGCUAGUCAGAAGACAUAUGGCAGAAUGAUGUCUGUGGCUCAAAAUCAGCAUCAAAAUCAUCUAGAUACUCCCAAGGCAGGUUUCAUCAGAUCAGGCUGGAGCCUUGUCACCCGUUUACCCUACUCAAAAGCUGCUGUGAGCACGUCUAGCAGCUCUGUAAUUGCACAGCCUGACAAACAGCGUGACAAGCAAGAGAUGGAGCAUCAUGAAAAGUAUUCCCUGGAGGCCCGCAUGCGACAGGCUGAUCAGGAACGAUGGUUGAACAUCCAACAGCAGCAGCAACAGCAACAGAGGUUGGAAAUCCAGAGCCCGGCUUCGCAUCAUCGGAUCUCUCAUAAUGAACUGAAGUCAAAGCUGGAGAUACCUAGCCGACCAUCGCCAAAGACAAAUCAAAAUAUUCCUGGAUCUACCCUGUCACAGAAGGUGGGCAGUUCUGUUGUUCCAUCAACUUCAUCAGUCACAGCAGUGGCCCCCUCGAAAGGGGAGCCUAGUUUCAACCUCUACGGUUACCAGCCAUUUCCGCAGAUGUACAUAACUCAAGCUCAGCUCAAAGCCAGAGAGGAACCCAAGUCGCACCAUAGUCAACCCAUCGUGAAUCGCCAGCCACUCGUUUCGUCACCUUCUCACUUGCCACGAUUAGAAAAAGACCUUCGCUUUGACCGUUCAACAGUUCCUGGAGGGCAUAGAGGAAGUCCAAAACCUCCAGGUAAAGAUCAUGUUAGCCCAGCGAUGUCGACCCCAGGAACUUUUCGGCCAUAUGAGUACAACUCAGCCGGCCCAGCACCAGCCCAUCCAGCACCAGCCCAUCAAGGCUCCCUUUCAAGGUGCCCUACAAAUUUUCCUCAGGAGGAAGCUCAGAACCUUGUCAAGUGUUCACGGUCUCGUCAAGACUCUCCCCUUAGCACACCAUCCCCCGGUCCAGGCAGCUACAGCAGCACCAGUAGUAACAGCAGCCAAUCAGCCAAGGCAUCGCAGCCGUAUUCAUACAACUUGAUCCAGCAAGGUCUUGUACCUAACCCCAUCUACACGCCAGCUACUCCAACUACACAAGGUUCCAAGUUGCACCCACCUGGUGUCUUGCAGUCUUCCCCCGCUGGCCAGUCCUCACCACUAAGUUCGGCACAGUAUCUGCGUUCAGUGCCAGGAAUAACCACAGGCACUCCAGUCUGCCGGCCUGGUCAGCAUCAAGAGCCCAAGCUGUCUUAUGGCUCCAUGCAUGGACGUCCACUCCCUCAGUCACGAUCGCCUUCCAUGCAUCUGCCACAAGCCUGUUCCACCCCUCCUAGACUCACCCCACCAUUACCUCAGCCAUUGAACCUUCAGCAAGGUGCCCUGUCUCCAGGCAAGCGCAAAGCUGUACGUGAGCCUGACCAGCCAGCCAAAUUGCCACGCCUUGAGGAGAGUCCAUCACCUGUUCACUGCUCAGUGCCGGCACCAGUGGCUACUCCACCAGCAGGUGCUAUGGCUCCAGAAGCGGCUUCUUCUUUGGUCUCAUUAGCUGCGACAACAUCUGUGCAGCUAACUGCAGCAGCACCCAUUUCUUCCUCCCAGCAAGAUACCUUUCGGCCUUUUGCUGUUGUGACACCAACACAGCAGCAAGUGCCGCCUGUUCAUGAGCCAAAGCAGCAGCUGCUGCAGUUGCCGCAGCCACAGACACCACAGCAGCAGCAGCAGCAGCAGCAGCAGCAGCAGCAGCAGCAGCAGCAGCAGCAGCAGCAGUCACCUUUGCCCUCGUCAUCUUCUCAGCAGCCACCAACGUCUCAGCCUUCCUUACAACAGCAAUCUGUUACCAGUCAGGACAGCUAUCAGACAUUCUACAAAAAGGGCAGAACAAAGGUGAGGCCUCCCAACGCCCCUUCUCCAGCCUCUGGAGAGGAUAGCAAGCCUGGAAGUGUAGGUGGUGGGUCAUCUAUUGUGCACGAGUCCGAUUCUGAUACACGAGUUACUCCAAGUCCUGCACCUAGUACUUGCACGACAAUCAGCAACAGCAGUAGCAACCACACAAAGCUGAAAAAGGCUUGGUUGCAACGGCACUCUGAAAUCGAAGAUAAAAAACCUCAUGAUGGAGAGGUACGUUUGGACAGCAGCAGUGCUUGUGCCUCACCUGCCAAGCAAGAACCAGUAUCGAUCAAGAUGACCAUUAAUGGCCAUGACACAGAAGCAAGUUGCUCCAUCAGAGAUGACUGCAGUUCCAGCUCUGCAUCAGAGGCUGAAAAACCAGCAGCGAGUCGCAAGACAAGGAUGGCCAGAAAGCGAGGAGUUAACAGGGAUAAGUCUGGUAGCAAGCGGCAGCGAGGUAACAGUGAAAGUAACAGUGAUGGAGCUCCUGAAGAAUUAUCUUCGAAAAAGGAAGAAAAACAAGAAAUUAUUUCUCGAAGACGAGGCAGGAGACCCAAGAGCAUGAAGCAUGAUAUGGCAGAUGAAUUGGCUACAGUGCCUCGAAAAAAGCAUGCACGGUCAGCAGAGAAGCCAACCAUUGCCCAACUGAAGAAGUCUGGCAAGCCAUUUCUGCAGGAUGCGUCGUGUUAUGAUGUUGCUCCAAAGCUCCCCAAGUGUAGAGAGUGUAGGAUGACGCCAAACCAGAGGAACAAGAAAAUGCCAAACAUUUUCUGUCGCUUCUACGCAUUCAGAAAGCUACGCUUUGGCAAGAAUGGCACUGUGCUCAGUGGUGGCUUCUCGGAACCAAGUGAUGCUUCAGAAGAAGAUUUAAAGCUGUGGCUGCCUCCAUUGGAUCAUACACCUAAAGACUUGGAUGUUAACACCGCAAAAAUCAUACUGUCCCAUGUCGGCGACCAGUUUUGUGAUCUCGUGGAGCAAGAGAGGGAAGCGCAGUCUCUACACAUGGGCGAAGAUAAGACCAUAUCGUGGAAGCGCGUUGUGCAAGGUGUGCGUGAAAUGUGUGAUGUCUGUGAGACAACUCUCUUCAACAUUCACUGGGUGUGUCACAAGUGCGGCUUUGUGGUGUGUAUAGACUGCUACAAGGCAAAGAAGAAUGGCACAGUGAAAGCUGAGGACACACCCCCGAAAGACAGAGAUGAGUUCCAGUGGCUCCUGUGUGCCAACCGACAGCCACACGAGCAGGAUAAACUGAUGAUGACACAGAUAAUAGCUAGCACGGCUCUUUGGGACGUCAGCCAGGACCUGCACCGGACACGCCAUGAGUGGAACAUUCCGAGCUACUGCGGCUGUGGCCUGUGCAACAGUGAUGGUGACUGCAGAAAAAACUCCUCUAAUGGGCUGUGCAAGCAACUCAUGAGUGCCGUCAACAAGAGCUUCUCCGACAAGGAGGGCACUGCAGUCAACGGUGAAACAGGACGUGCUGGAAAGCGCAAAAAGCAACCUGUGAAUGGCGUCGCCAACACGUCCUCUGAUGAAGUAGGUGGCAGCUAUAGCUCGGAUAGCGGAGGCUCUCCACUGUCGGUCUUGGCAGAUGUAGCACUGCACUCCUCUAGCAAAAUUGAUGACAAAAGUGAUCAGCAGCAGGCGAGUGAAGGUGGUGAUGACGAGAAGGGUGAAGACUUUUCCACACUGCGUGAACUACUCAUCCGCCCUACUGGUGGUAGUGCUAAGAAGAGCCAGUUGGAUGAAGUAGUAGCAACAACAGUGGAGCAUACGGUGGGGAAGAAAGAUGAACAGCAGCUGGUGCAUUUCUGCCGACGCUUCCCCAGUGCACAAAAAGGCCGUGAAGUCUUGCCUGUACGUGUCUGCAGCCUAGCCGAGACGUCAUUGCUUUACCCCAAGGUUCCCCAUUCAUGGCUCUGCGAUGGAAAGUUGCUUGUACUCCAUGAUCCAAGAAACAAGCACAACUUGACAUUAUUCCAAGAGCAGUGGAAGCGCGGCCAGCCUGUGCUGGUCACUGAUGUUUGCAAGAACUUGAAUAUGUCAUUGUGGCACCCCGACGGUUUUUGCCGAGAUUUUGGUGAAGUGCGAAAUGACCUGGUGAAUUGCCGAAAUGGCAGCAUCCUUCCAAACCAGCCAAUGCGGAAGUUUUGGGAAGGCUUUGAGAACUUUGGCAAGCGCAUGAAAGAUGAAGAUGGAGAAUUUAUGCUGCUGAAGCUGAAGGACUGGCCACCUGGUGACGACUUCAGCGACAUGCUGCCCAGCAGGUUCAAUGAUCUCAUGAAGGUGUUGCCACUACCAGAGUACACUCACCGAGAUGGAGUUUUCAACUUGGCUGGGCGGCUGCCGGAAUGUUUUGUUAGGCCGGACCUUGGGCCUAAGAUGUACAAUGCCUAUGGCUCUGCGCUUUACCCCAAUAAAGGCACUACCAACCUACAUCUGGAUGUCAGCGAUGCUGUGAAUGUUAUGGUUUAUGUUGGAAUUCCCAAGGAUGGGAAGGACGAAGAACACAUCAAUGCUGCACUGAACGCAAUUGAUGAAGGCGCAUGUGAUGCCCUUACACGAAAGAGGGUGAGAGAAAAGAAUGCCAAACCAGGUGCUCUUUGGCAUAUCUACAAUGCCCGUGAUGCUGACAAGAUCAGAGAUCUGCUUAAUAAGGUGGCACUGGAGCGUGGCGAGAAGCUGGAGCCCCACCAUGAUCCUAUCCAUGACCAGAGCUGGUAUCUGGAUCACGAGCUCCGCGAGCGCCUUUUUCGUGAAUAUGCCGUUGAGGGCUACGCUGUUGCCCAGUGUCUUGGAGAAGCAGUCUUCAUACCAGCAGGUGCCCCACACCAGGUGCGAAACUUGCACAGCUGUAUAAAAGUGGCUGAAGACUUUGUAUCCCCAGAAAACAUUGCUCACUGCUUCUGCUUGACCAACGAAUUCCGUCAGUUGUCUGACACCCACACGAACCAUGAGGACAAGCUCCAGAUUAAAAAUGUGAUCUACCAUGCUGUGAAGGAUGCUUUGGUGAUUCUAAGGGCAAAUUCUGCUUCAAACCCCAACAAGAAAUGAAGUGUGUGUGCCAUAGGCAGAGGAACUCAAAAAAAAAAAAAAAAAAGUUGGACCUCCUCUCAACCUCCAAGGGAUAUUUGGCCUGCGCUUCUCUUGGAUGUGUCUGGCAGGUCUUGACUUGCCCACCGAAGGUGUUUCCGCCAUCUCCUGUCUGGACACAUUUUGUACAUUUUUUUUUCUCUUCCCAUCAGACCGCAAGCCAGCGUGUGUGUGUUCUCCUGUAAUAUAAACCAUUGAAUUUCAGUUGUUGCUAGUACGCUUCCCUUAUUGUUACUUUGUCAGGGGCCAGCCGUACUUGUUUUGUAAAAGAAUUGGAUCAAACUUGCUUGCAAGUGUGCGCGUGUCUGUGUGUGUGUGCACGCAAGUGUUGUGGGCACCAACAGCUGUUAUUUAUGUUGUAGACUUCCCUCCGCGCCCCUCCUUGACAAUGGUCCUGCCAGCUAUGUUCAGCAUUUUUUUCAGAGCAGCACGCUUUGAGAGACAAUAACAAUGCAGUCUUUUUCUGCACUGUUGCCAUGUAAAAUAAAAGUGUUGUACUUAUAUAUACAUAAGAAAGUAUAUAUAUAUUAUAUAUAUAUAUAUAUAAAUAUAUAUACAUAUAUUUACUUAUAAAUAUGACAUUGUAGUUGUGAGAAAUAUGACAUUGUAGUUGCUUCUAUUCUGUCGUUCCUCUAACUUCUUUAGUUUCCUGUGUUUCUUUGUUUUCAUUGUUUUUCCACAAUCACCAUUUCAUCGGUGUAGUCAAUUCCAUUGAUUGACAUUAUCUUGUGACUCACUGUAGCACUGAGUUUGUACAUGUACAUAUUUCAUAGCAAUAUUUUUAUAUUGAAAACGUCAUUGACUGUAAUGUCAGUCUAUAAUGAAAUUCACUGUUUUUAUUUGAAAGUGUUUUGCUGAUGUUAAUGGUUCUUAUUAAAGUGUUCAUUUGAAAGCCUA